GCAGGGCUCGCACCGACAGCGACUGCUCCAGCACAAAGUUACAAAUGCACAGAUCCGGAGGAACAGACUGCAGAGUGGAGGCAAGGAGGGAGAUGAAGAAAAAGUAGGCCUAACUUGAGCUUAUCCAGAGAAUCUAACAAAUCUGAGGCAAAGUGAUCCUUGCAGCAGCGACGUGACAAUCUGCAAGAUCACUGAAGAACAGUAUCAGGACUAAGUUUAGGGUCUUGGAGGUUCUCAACUCAAGUGCAGCAUUGCUGAUUUAAAGGAACCACCACUCUCUUUUUUUUUUUUAGCCUGUGACUUUUAAAUCAAAUUAUGAAGGGCACCAACGCCUCUUUGCGGCUCUACAUCACCAUCAAUGACAUGAACGCUACGAGAGCAUCCCUUGGCAGAGGUCUGGCUUCCCACUGUGAUGAACCUCAAGACCACCAUCCUGAACUAAACGACUUUGACACAAAGGAGGGUCACGUGGAGACGGCCCAACUCGCUCAUGCGGACGAAUUUAGGUUGCCCAACUCGUCCGUGUGCCUGGGAGAGUUGCUCUGUUGGCACUACCAGAACAUGAGCAACCAACAAGGCAUGAGGACGAUAUAUGUCAAGAGUUUACCAAAAUCCACCAGGAUCCAGAAGAGCAGAACAGGCCAGUUUGUUUCCACUGGUACCCCUUUUCUUAACCUCAACGGGAUAAAGCUUUCCACCCAAGGAUCUUCAUGUCUCCGCAGAAAAUGUCCUUUGUUGGGCAGAGAGGAAGCGAUUGGUCUGUCUGUCUCCGAGACAGACCUCUCUGAAUAUGACAUUUUUGAUUUGGAAGCUGAAAGUGAAGAUCUUAACCGAAUCCUAGGAAGUGCUGUAGCACAUGCGAUGAGAAAGAUUGAAGAGUUGGAAGUGAGUCUCACCAGUUCAAACUUGAGCAAAAGGAUUCCAAGAGCUGAUUCUCAUUCAAUGGAAGGAAGACGUAUGGAUGAUGAGACUUUGCAUCACCUCCAAAUCCGCGAGUAUGACAGCCCUCGGCUGGUCAGUGAGCUCUGUUGUUUGGGUGAGGAGCUGAGUGAGAGUCUUCACCAAACCCUCAGGAUGGAGGGAGAAAACAAAGAGGACAUCUGUGACCAACGUGCAACGUGGAGGAGAUCGGGCAAGGACAGCUGGAGUGAAAAGGAGAGCUUCCAUCGGACCAAUCACAGAUGGAGAGAGGCGACGCAGACACGCAGAUGCCUCAGGGAAUGUGACAUCGCUCAAGCUGACCCGCUGUCCUCAGGUAAAAGCAGACAGAUGGCCACUUUCGGUAUUACGCUAUUAGUUUUGCACGUCGUGCUAAUGCAGUAAUUCAAUUAUGUUGCAUUUUAUCCAUGUUUUUAUUAGGUUUUAAAUACACUCCAUGAAUCUUGGCUAGAUAUAACAAGUCCUGCAAUGCCUUAAGAAUUUCCUGGGUGAAUUUUUUGUCAAGUAAAUAUGAACUUUAACUGUCAUGGCCUCAUGGUGGCAAUGUGGUGUCACUGAAAAUUUCCAGUGUUUGAUUUAAGAUCAACUUAAGCCUUAGCUUUGCCUGAUGUAUUUGUCUAACAGCAGGUUUCCAGUCUUUUUGUCAUUCAAUGUGCA